AUGCCUACGAAGAGAGAGGUACGUGCACCUGACGUCUCGGCGUCUUGCUCUUUGUCGCGUGAACAACAACCUUUUGCUUGUCCUUUUCACGUAUUGAUCAGUUGGGAUAUCUUCACCAUCUUCAUUUCGAACUGAUACAGUUGUCAAAACACACUCAUCCGAAUACUUACUUCAAUAUCACCAACUCACUUUCUCAAUUUCGAACUCCACCCACCUGACGUCAUCCGUUUCUGCAGCACUCAAAACACGGAACCUUCGCGUCAACGACACCUCCAAAGGCAAGCACAACUCAGCACAAGCAUAACAAGACCAUUCAACCGCCAGGACUUCAUAUAAAAUGCCAGUCACACGCAAAUCAACUCGCUCUCGUGGUGGCGCCGCCGCUGCUGCUGCCCAAGGCAAACAGCAGACGCUCUCCUUCCACCACCGCGUCACCAAGCCGACCGUCAAAACAGGCAAAGACCUCAUCAAAGAGGAGGAAGCACCUGAGACCGCAACCAAGACCAAGACCAAGGACAUCAAGGUCGAAGAGGGAGCCAUCAAAGAACCCGAGCCUAGCGAGUCGGAAGAGGAGGAGGAGCACGAGAAGAAGAAGAAGCAGCCACAUGCCAAGGUGAAGAAGCCUGCAAAGAAAGCCGCGACUAAGCACGUCAAGGAAGAAACCAGGCAGGAGGAACCCAAGAAGCAGGAGAAAGAGGAUGGACCAAAGAGAAGCGAAAUCGAACUCUGCGCCCUUGAGAUCCCGCAAUCUGCCAUUGAUGCUUAUUGGAACAAGAUCGACUCGGCGCGCAUGGCGUCGACUGUGCACAAGAAGCAUACGCAGGACUUGACGACAGGGGAGAAGGUUCUUAGGUAUUUUGAUGUUAGUAGUCAUUAUGGUCCUUGCAUUGGAAUUACUCGUCUCAAGCGCUGGCAGAGGGCAGAGAAACUGGGACUUAACCCUCCUCUGGAGGUAUUGGCGAUCUUGUUGAAGGAGGGAGAGGGCGAAAAUAAGGCUAGUGAAAGAGCGCAUAUGGAUGAGUUGAUGAACAGCGUUUCUACUGGUCCUUGAUCACAAGGUCUCCUUCGGCAUUUGAAGGCCAGUCUGGAAGUUCAUCAAGCGCAGGAUCCUACAGGUAUGGAUUGGGAUGGGUUGGGAUACGAGUCACAGUACACACAGUUUUAGCUGGGUUGGCGAGGCGUUCAUGGGGAAUUUGGUUUGCGGAAGAUCUACUUUGGGUAUGAACAUGAAGUAACAUGGGAAAUGGGAUUUGGGUCGGAUUUCGACUCGUAUCAUCGAUGUGUCAAGUACUCUAUAGCUUGUCUUUUCUCUAGGAUCGAUAUUCUGAAAGAAAUCUAGGUGUAUGCGUCCUCGUCC